AUGGUUAGAGCUGAUGCAUCCAUCAACAUCAAGGUGCUUCUAAAUGCGACGGCAGCACACUUUGGGUUCAGGCCGAUGUAUAGGAGGGUUUGGUUGGCGAAGCAGAAGGCCGUCGCCCACAUCUAUGGUGAUUGGGAUGAGUCGUACAACGAGCUCGCGCGGUGGGUGUUAGGAGUGAAGUUGAUGAUGCCUGGUACUGUUGCAGUCCUUAGGACGAGUCUUGUUCGAGUUGGGGGCCAGGUCGACGACUCGCAAGCUUAUUUUCAUCGGCUCUUCUGGACAUUUCCACCAUGUAUUGAGCCAUUUUGGCAUUGCAAGCCGUUGGUGAGUAUUGACGGCACCCACUUGUAUGGUAAGUAUGGGGGUACGUUGCUCGUCGCGAUUGUACAGGACGGGAACUCCAACAUACUACCAGUUGCAUUUUCACUGGUUGAGGGUGAGAAUGCGGAGUCCUGGUCCUUCUUUCUUUACCAUCUCCAACAGCACGUGACCCCACAACCGGGUCUGCUGGUUAUAUCAGAUAAGCACAACGGCAUCAAGGCUACGCUUGAGGCUUCCGACGGAGGCUGGCUACCUCCUGCUGCCUACCGUGGCAAGGACGCAAGGAGGCUUCUUGUGAAUGCAGCUUAUGCUAAGACUGAGGUGGAAUUCGAUUACUGGUUUGAUAUUCUACGAUCUGUGGACCCUGCCAUGUGUGAGUGGGCGAACUGGAUCGAGUAUUCAUUGUGGACCCAGCAUCGGGAUGAGGGUAGGAGAUUCGGUCACAUGACGACAAAUAUCUCCGAGUGUGUUAAUUCAAUCCUGAAGGGGGUCAGGAAUCUCCCGGUGUGCUCGCUGGUGAAGGCUACUUAUGGGAGGUUGGCAGAACUAUUUGUUCGCAAGGGGAGAGGGGCAGAGACCCAGUUAGGAACCGGACAACAAUUCAGUCAACAUCUGGUGAAGUGUAUAAAGGCCAAUCUGAAGACGGCUAGGUGCUUCACGGUGACUUUGUACGACAGAGAUAACUCGGAGUUCACCGUCUCGGAGACGACUCCUACUGGUUUGUUCUCACUUGGUAGCUACAGAGUUUCACUCGGGUCUCAGACAUGUGACUGCGGAUAUUUUCAGACACUUCAUUACCUGUGUCCUCACGCCUUGGCAUGUUGUGCCUAUUUACGGCUUACUUGGCAGUCGUAUGUCCACCAGGUGUAUCAUCUUAGCUCGGUGUUCAGUGUAUACCGGAUGGGGUUCACACCUCCCAUUUCCGAGGGUUUUUGGCCACCGUACGAAGGGCCAACAGUGAUACCGGACCCCAUCAAGAGGCGUGCGAGUGAGGGACGUCCUAGGUCCACCAAGAUACGGACUACUAUGGACGAGGCGGAAGCGAGCAGGCCAAAAAGAUGUGGUCUCUGUAGGCAACCAGGACACACACGUCAGAGUUGUCCACAGGUCGGAGGACCAAGGAACACUGGGGGAGAUGAGUAG